AUGGCGGCGCCUACGCAGCUUGCUUACCGAACUCUCAAGGGAGUUGGCAUCAUGGAUGCCGCCCCUGUUUAUGAGCCUCUGUCGGGGUUUGUGAGGCCCGAAGGGAACAUUCGUUGUAGCGCUUAUUCGCCGUGCGGCCGCUAUUAUGCAUGGGCUUCGCCUGAACAGGUCACCAUUGUUGACGCCUCUGUGGGUCACACCGUCUCGACUAUCCCCGCCGACAACGUGUUUGAGCUGGGCUUUUCUCCGCUGGGCACCUAUGUGAUCACUUGGCAACGGCCUUCCAAGGAUGCUAAUGGCGACGCUGUGAAGAACCUCAAGGUGUGGCGCACGGUCGAUACCGGAGACGAGAAUUCGGUCGUGGGCCAUACACCCCCCGACGAGCGUCUCUGCGGGCGCGUUGUGACCAACGAGGUUCAGUUUUACCAGAGUGACAAUCUGCAAACUGUCUGGAAUAAGCUACGUGUGGAGGGUGUGGCGGAUUUCGCUCUCUCGCCGGGACAGACCCAUUCGCUUGCGGUGUUUGUUCCCGAGCGAAAGGGUCAACCCGCCCAAGUGAAGGUUUUUAUUGUGCCACAAUUCGGCGCUCCUGUCUCCCAGAAGAGCUUCUUCAAGGGUGACAAGGUUCAGCUGAAGUGGAACUCUUCCGGCACAACCCUCAUCGUGCUUGCGCAGACCGAGGUCGACAAGACCGGUAAGAGCUACUAUGGCGAGACUACUCUGUACCUACUCAGCGCUAGCGGCGCCUUUGACUCGCGGGUCGAUCUUGACAAGGAAGGACCCAUUCACGACGUGAGUUGGAAUCCCAACUCCAAGGAAUUUGGUGUUGUGUACGGCUACAUGCCCGCCAAGACUACCAUCUUCAAUAUGCGCGGUGUACCGAAGCACACUUUCCCUCUGAGCCCGCGGAAUACCAUCAUCUUUUCCCCCACGGGCGUUUUGAACUAUCAUAAGAUUACCACCGUCGAGGCCUCCAACGCCAGUGUGUGUAACUGGUCCCCCGACGGACAGUAUAUCCUGACUGCUACUACCAGCCCGCGCCUGCGUGUUGAUAACGGCGUGCGCAUCUGGCACGUUGGUGGUGGCCUCAUGUAUAACGAGGAAAUGACUGAGCUGUACGAUGUCACCUGGCGCCCCCAAAGCAUCACCCAGCAUCCGCUGGGCGAUCCACUUGCCAAGCUGCCCGUGGCUCACCCCUCUGCCACCGCGUACCUGAGCACUCGUAAAGCUCCCGUCAAGCCUGCCGGUGCCUACCGCCCCCCGGGCGGUGCCGCCUACGUUCGCGAGGGUGUGCCCGGUGCCGGCGUUGCUGGCCUGAAUGGCUUCGGGAAGUCCCGUCGCCGUGAUAUCCCCGGUGCCGAGCCCGUUGAGGAGUAUCUGCCCCCAGGUGCCGCGCCUGGUGGUGGCGUCGCCCUCCCUGGUGCCGACGAGAAGCUCUCCAAGUCCGCCGCCAAGAACAAGAAGAAGCGUGAGGCCGCCAAGAAGGCCCGCGAAGAGGGCGUCCCGGACAACGCGCCCCCGCCCAACGCGCCCACCGGCCCUAGCCCGGAUCGCAACCGCGCACGCGGCAAGAACAACGGCACGCCCGUCAACGGCGCACCCAAGUCUGCUCCCGCUCCAGUGGCCGCCCCAGCCCCGGCUGUGGACCUUAACCCGACGGCUCAGGAUAAGAAGAUCCGUGGCCUGCUGAAGAAGAUCCGGGCCAUUGACGAGUUGAAGAUGCGCCUUGCGGGUGGCGAGAAGCUGGAGGACACGCAGAUGAAGAAGAUCCAGACGGAAGACGCGGUCCGCAAGGAGCUCGAGGCGGUUGGGUUCAGUGGCUAA